AUGGCUUCUGAAAGCGCCUCGGAUUCGCCCAUCACCGAAGCGAUCACAGCGCAAAACGAGCUUCGCAACGAGACCAAGACUGCCGAUGACACCACCACCACCACCACCACCAAAGAUGCUGAGCAGAAGGCAGACAAACUAGCCGGUUCGGCUAGCCCUCUACUAGGAGAUAAACGCGGUCUUGACGAAGGCGAAUCCACCCCUUCUGCAAGCAACAUCGGUCUCAAGAAACAAAAAACCGAAGACGAUACCGCUGAACAAUCAGAGACGACCGCCAAGGCCACUUCGACUACAGAUAACGCUGGACCAAGUACCAAUGGCCAAAAGAAGAAGGCUGGUCGACCUAAGAAGGGCACUAAUACAAACCCAGUGAAGAAGAUUUCUCCCAGACCUACCGAUGGCAUCGGAAGUCGCACUCGCAGUCGAGCCAAGCCCUCGAACUAG